UAAUUGGAAGUAAACUAGUAUAAUAAGCUGUAUUUUCUGGAGUUAAACACACUGCACUGCACAUUAGGGAUCAUGUAGACUUCCAAGUUAAAAAAAAAAAAAUUAAAUACAAGAACCGUUGGUUGUUGCCGAAGAAAAAGCGAGAAUACAAUCGAAAGAAUAAUAUUCCGAGGAAGAAGAAGAGAGAAGAAAGGUAAUUGAACGGUAGACGCCAUAAGAGUAAGAGAGAGAGAUCAAAGGAAAUAUUAUUUUUCACACGCAAAGGGCUCUCUCUUGAUUAAAAGCCCUAAUGAGAUCCAUCGAUCAUCAUCGUCUAAUGGAAGAAUCGGCGGCUACGACGUCCUCCUCCUCUUCGUCGUCCCAUUAUUUCCCGAUUUUCACGAAUUACCCUCUGAUUUCCGCCGUCUUAGCUUUCACCAUCGCACAAUUCAUAAAAUUCUUCACAACCUGGUAUAAGGAGAAAAGAUGGGAUCUGAAACGGCUUGUUGGGUCUGGAGGAAUGCCUUCUUCACAUUCAGCCACAGUUACAGCUUUAGCUAUGGCUGUUGGUUUACAAGAAGGCUUUGGAGGAUCACAUUUCGCAAUCGCCUUGAUUCUUACAUGCAUUGUGAUGUAUGAUGCAACUGGUGUAAGAUUACAUGCUGGACGACAAGCUGAGGUUCUCAAUCAGAUUGUGUAUGAACUUCCUGCAGAGCAUCCGUUAGCUGAAAGCAGACCAUUGCGUGAACUUCUAGGUCAUACUCCUCCACAGGUAAUUGCUGGUGGAAUCCUUGGAACUGUCACAUCAGUUGUUGGAUACUUAGUCACCUUGAUAGCCAAGUAGCAUAAAAAAAUUCACCUUUUAAGUUUGGAAUUGCUCCAUCGUGUGUUAAACCCACUGUUAGGUAGCUGAAACAGCCAUGACAAGCGAAUGGACUCUGGAAACUUGACCCUAGUUUAUUUUUGUUAUUUUACUGUUCAGCUGUUAUGACAACAUAUUGAUUAUAGGUUUCAUCUUGUACGGAAGGUCAUUACACAGAUCUUUGAAGUGGUAAAGAGGAGCUUGUGCCCUUGGACUAUACAAACGAACAUGUUUAGAAUCAGCAUGAUCAAUACGUUUGAAACUCAUCUUUAUGAAAAGCUCUGUCUCUCUAUCGUGGAUCUUUGUUAAAUUGCAGAGGAGGGUCUAAUCCAAAAUUACUUCAAGCAAUGGAUCAUUUCUUCAAACUCUAGCAUAUAUGCCAAUGCCACCACGAAGCUUCAGCUCGUUUCCUUUUAACUUCCAUGAGUUUUGCCUAAAGAACUAAAUGCUGAUUUGCUCUAAUUCUUUGGUUCAUUAAACACAUACCUUAACAUUAACUUCUGUCUCCUCUGCCACUUUGAAGGUGGCACGAGCUAGCUGACAUGAUUCUUAUAAAGAUGGUAGCUUAAAGAAAGGAACACUCUCAACUUUUUCUGUCGACAUAACCUCCCGAGAAGAAAAAAAUACAAACAAGUCAAGACAAUUAUUGAGUCAUGGGAACUGAUUUAGUAGCUCUCGUGGAGAAUCUCACAUAUGAGGCAGAAGGAACAUACUGUCGUCUCCAACUUCUUUAAUGCUUAUUCGUGUAGAACUGUCUU